GCCGCAGCAGGCCGGGGCCGCGCUGGGCCUAGCACCGGCAGCGGACGGGCAGGGGGUGCCCGGCCCGGUACCGCCCGUCCAGUCGCUGUGGGAGGACCCUGCGGCCGCUCAGGGUUGGAGCGGGGGGAUAGAUCCCGGUGCGGAGGUUGACGAGAGGCCUGGCAGGGCGAGCGGGACCGCAGCCCGGCAGCGAGAACCGGCCGCGGCGGUGGAACAAGCCGAGGAGCCCUACGAGGGGGCAGCGGGGAGCCAGAGCACAGAGACUAAAGAAAUGGAAAAAUUCACUCAUCUGGAAGCUCUGCUGUUUACUGCUGUGCUGGAGAAUUGUGUUGAUCAGCUCUCAAUUCUUGGAUAUAUCAUGCCGGUUUCAUACGCAGGCAAGACAGACAUCAGCCAUACUAGCAGCCAGGAAAUGAAGGAAGUCAUAGAGACCCAGAAGGAGCUGGACAUUAACUACCAAGAGCUUAUGUCAGCAAGGCAAGGGAAUGGGGAAACAGUUACCUCCACAUCUCUGAAAAGCAUCGAACACAGGCAGCAGCUGGGGAAAACUGAACAUCGAAAAAAUGUCCCUCAUCUUUCCAGAAGGGCCGUGAAACACAGUGCUCUGUCUGUAGAGAAUCUCAGAAAAAUUCAGGCUGACAGGCAGUAUGCAAAUGAUGUAAUUACCGUCACUAUGAAAAAGAUGCAGGAAUUGGGAACAUUUAAUAGCCUAACAGAAGCUAAUGAGAGAGAGAAGGCAAAAAAGAGCAAGUUUCAUGACAUCCUCAUCAGGGAGGAGGAAGGAAAGAAAGAGAUAAAGUCACUCCAGAAACAGCUGCAAGAUGUCAAGAAAGAAACUGAAAUAGAACUUCAGAACCGAGAUAAUAUGAUUGCCUUCCUCAAAGACGAGCUCCAAGAGACGAAGGCCAAAACGAACAUGGAGAGCUGCUACAUGAAGAAAAGCACAGACCUCCAGGUCCACCAAACCCAGAAGAAGUGCAGCAAUGCAGAGAAUCUCCUGGACAAGGAAAUUCAGAAGUUGAGGAGCAAAACUGAUGAGGAGAUUCGAGUCCACAUGGAGAUUGAAAAUUUCCUCAGGCAACACCAUAAGAAGGUGGAAGAGAAGCUGGAAUACUGGGUGGACAAGUACGAAAAUGACACAGAUGCUAAAGACGAAGAACUGGAUGCCCUAAAAGCAUCAAAGGCAAACAACUUGGAAAUGCUGCAGAGACUUGCCGAGGAGUGCCAGACUUUUGAGGAAACUAUCAUCAGUGACCGGGCGGAAAAGGAGGCCAAAAGACGAGCACUAGAGCAGGAUGCCCUGGAGCUGAAGAGCAUCCUGAAGCUGCAGGCGUGGUGGAGAGGUACAAUGGUCCGCAGAAACCUUGGCCCCUACCAGGCCCUCAGGAAGAUGUGGGAGAAACAGCUAUCAAAGCAGAAAGAAAAAGGGAAGAAGGAAAAAUCUGGAGCAAAGAAAAAGACACGAUAAGUAAAGAAACCUGGCCACAGACAUGCUUGAGGGCUGUUGCUGGGCAGGGCACUGUGGUCUGUCUCUCUGACAGGACAAAAUAAACCACGUAACAGAGCUCAGACUAUUCUGGGGAACAUGGUUCACGAUAGACACAGUUAUGGUGAAGCUGCAGUAACUAUUAAGAUCUUGAAGCUGCCCUUGUACAGCAGAGACACUGUUCUCAGAUAGAAAGGGGAGCUGCAUUAAAGCAGUGAGAAAUGCUGUAUCCCCCAAAGUGCUUUAUGGAAAUGUGACAGCUAGCUUGAGGUAACCCUGUGAACAGCCCAGUAACUCACCUGCGUGGGUCGCUCUGCACUGGGGACCUUCUCUGCAGGCCCCAGGGCACCGGCUGUGGCUGAUGCGCUGGUGUUUGCUGUGGCUCUGGGUCAGGCAGGGAGGACAAGUCUGUCAUGGUUUCACCUGGCCAGCAGCUAAAACAACCACACAGCCAUUCGCUUGCUUCCCCCCCCACAGUGGAUGGGAGAGAGAAUUGAAAAGAAAAAAGUAAAACUCGUGGGUUAAGAUAAAGACGGUUUAAUAGGACAGAAAAUGAAGAAAAUAUUAUUAUUAGUAGUAAUAAUAAAAAAUAAAAAAUAUACUAAACAAGUGAUGCAUAGCACAAUUUCUCACCACCUGGAGUCAAUGCUCAGCUAGUUCCUGAGCCAUGCUGCCUCCCAGCCAACCUCCAGUUAUAUACUGAGCAUGAUGUCAUAUGGUAUGGAAUAUCCCUGUAGCCAGUCUGGGUCAGCUGUCCUGGCUGUGUCUCCUCCCAGCUUCUCAGAUGCCCCCCACCUUCUCGUUGGCAGGCCAGCAGGAGAAGCUGAAAAGUCCUUGACUGCUUGGCAACAACUAGAAUAUCAGUGUGUUAUCAACAUUAUUCUCACCCUCAAUCCAAAGCACAGCACUAUACCAGCUGCCAGUAAGAAAAUUAACUCUAUCCCAGCCAAAACCAGGACAGUCACCCAUACCUGGGCUCAGGCAGCGCUCUGUCAGUGCUGGCAUGAGGUCAGCAGGGGGAAAACAGUUUGCAGUGAAAACACAAGGGCAGUCAAAGCACACAGGUUUCCAUUCCCACAGUCCAGCAGAAUGUCAACACAGACAAAAUAGCUCCAAAUACCUUCUGACCAAGGGAAGCAACAAUGGAAAAGACAGCCGGCCACGCUGCCUACAGGAGCUGGUCUGUCACAGCUGUACCCACCACCCUGGGCACCGUCUCUGCACAGUGAGAUGAGGCAGUGGGCAGGGAGCAAAGCU